AUGGAAGGUGUUUUCGAAGAGAACUUACCAGGCAGCUUGGUACUCGGUGCUGCUGAAGGGCUACUCGUCGGUUUCUCCGUUGAAGGCAUGAUAAGCUUUGUUGUUCUGAUUGGCACCUUCCAACUAUGGGUGCGCUUCUUCUUCGGCAAAGAUGAGCCCACAUCCUCGAUGAUAGGGCUAUGGGAACACUUGCUACUCGUCCCCUCAUCUUCAAUUUCUCCUCUGCGCCCCAAUAGUGGGUCAGUCUCUGUUGAGGAUGACUCAAUCCCAAAAGAAAUCUACCCUGGAGUCUCUGGCACGACAGCCUCGGGUCUCCUAUUCGAGCGUGGCUCAACUCCUUCAUUGGGAGGGAAGGGCACCGUCGGCAGGUCUACGAAGCUCAUCUAA